AGGAGGAGAGGGAAGAACUUUUACAGGCGAAUCAGAAAGUGAAGAGGGUGGUGCACUUGUCAGAGAAACAAAAGAUGCACUGGAAUGAAUUGGAGACAAGGUUCUUGGUCGUCUUUAGCCUAUUUCUACAAAUCUUACUCAUCUUCUUUGCACCUCUCAGAAGACGAAAGAAAUGCAAAUGGGUCAGCCCAAUGAUUUGGGCCGCCUACUUGCUAGCCGACUGGAUUGCCGCUUAUGCACUUAGAAUCCUCCCCCAAAUCACACAUGGUAUACCAGAAUGCAAUGACAGCCAUUCCACCAACUGCAGCAGGGACAAUGAACUCUUCGCCUUCUGGGCCCCCUUCCUUCUGAUGCACAUAGGCGGUCCCGACACCAUAACUGCCCUCGCCCUUGAAGACAACGAACUGUGGCUGCGGCACUUCCUCACACUUGCAAUCCAUCUCUUUGGGACCGUUUAUGUCUUUGUGUUUGCCCUCCGCAUAAACCGCCUCUUCAUCCCGACCCUCACCAUUUUCAUUGUCGGGAUACUCCGGUACAUGGAACGCUCCUAUGCCCUCUACCUCGCAAGCAGUGGUGGCUUCGAGGGCGGCAACCUCAAAGACUCACUGACAUUGAAGGGAACGGCUAAAGAACCAGAAAGAGCAACAGGUGGUUUACUCCCCAGAGGGAUCAGCGGCAUCGAAACGGUGCAGUCGGCUCAUAGAUUCCUCGCCACCUACAAGGACCUCGUUGUCGACCAUCUUCUCAGCAUCCAGGAGGGGAUGGAAAGUCGCUCCUACUUCCAGGAAUUACAACACAACGAGGCCUUUGGAAUAAUCGAGGUUGAGCUGGGGUUGCUCUACGACAGGCUGUACACCAAGGCAAUUGUGAUACACACCAGCACGGGCUAUAUUUUGCGUGCCGUCUCCUUCUUUUCCAUCCUUUUCGUCCUCGUGAUCUUCUACGCCUUUGACAAGCACGGAUACCAUCCAACCAACAAGUUCAUCACUUACACUCUCCUCGUCGGGGCAAUUGUGCUCGACCUUGUCGCCAUUGUCAACCUCAUAUUCUCUGACUGGAUGGUUGCCUCUCUCAGAAAUCCAAUGGCUAGACGCCUGUAUUCCAAGAUGUUCGCAUGUAUCUGCCCUUACGGAACACCGAGGCACACCGCGUACAUGUCCCAGUACAAUCUGAUAAGCUAUUGCCAACGCCACUGCUGGAAAUCGAGGAAGAUGGCGGCGCUGCGGCGGAUCGAUGAUUUUAUCGAACAGCUUAUAUAUACAAAGGACGUGCCUGUCUCCGAUGAUAUCAGAAUGUUCAUGUUUAAUGAUCUAUUGACUAAGUCCAAACAGACAAACCGCUCAGAUUUUAUCAAGAAUACAUCCACAAGCAAAUGGGAAUGGCCCAACAACGUGCCAAAUUGGUUUUUUGAAUUUGAAUUGGAAGAACUCGUUCUGCUAUGGCACAUCGCGACGGAUCUCUGUUACCACUUGAGAGAGGACGAAUCCACGGCGGAUCGAGAAUUCAGCAAGCAAGUGUCAGAGUACAUGCAUUAUCUUCUGGUGGUGCAUCCCACCAUGAUCUCAUCGAAGGAGGGGAAUGCGCAGAUCAAGUGGCAGGCCGUAUGCCAAGAGACCAUGAAAUUCAUCCGGAAUCGCAAUCUGAAGGUCAAGAAGGACAUUUGCCAGAAGCUGUUAGAUGAGAUUAAGUUCUGCUCAACGACUCAACGGACAGGAUCCCUGCUGCGUGAUGCGUGUUUAGUUGUCAAGCAGCUGGAGCUGUUACGUCAGCAAGUACCGAACACCCCGUGGGCGACUAUAAGAAAAGUUUGGGUGGAAUUGCUGUCUUCCGCAGCGAACAACUGCAGUGGCAGGUACCACGUCCAACGGCUGGCUAAAGGAGGAGAAUUUAUCACUGAUGUCUGGCUUUUAAUGGCCCACUUCGGUUUGGCCGAGAAAUACUGGGGUGAGUUGAACUUUCCUAAGGUGGACUCGUACGCGUAUGAUGACCUACCCCGCCGGGACGGUAAUGCGUCCGGGCAGGGAUCUGUGGGGCCCACCGUGAUGUAAGUAUUUUAUCCACACCGUUCAUCAUUUUUCUCAGAUCAUUUUAAGUUACAAUUCUAAAAAUGCAGCAGGUCCACAUCUCCAGUUGACCACACCAAAGGAAGCUGCAGUGAUAAUAACAUUCACCGUUGAAACCUUUUUAAGGGACACUGUAAUGUUUUUUUUACCAUCCAACCUAUUCGUAAGGUCAUGUAGACGUGGAUGAAGUGAAAAAAGAAAUAUCAGCUUGAUCUGAAACUUCUCCAGCUCCUAAGAAGUUUUGGUGUAAGUUCAAUCCCUACCUUGUGGUCCACUUAAUCCCUAGACCUAACUCAUUUUUUUGGCUCAUACAUUAAAAUGAUCUGAUAAAAACUAUGAACGGCGUGGAUAAAACAUUUAGAUUACGUUGGGCCCCACAGAUUCCUGCCCGGACGGAUUAUGGUACGGGCCGGGGUAGGAUGCAAUCGGCGUCCGCCUGGAAUGGCCUAAACGAUUCCCUUUUCACCACCUCACUGCACCGUGCUAUGUAUUGAGUUGUAAUCCGUUCGAAUCGAUCAACAGAUAUGCCAGUCAUUCUCGCUGAAACGAGAGGACUGUUCAUCUA